GAAAGACAACAAGAUAUUGAAUGGCGGUACGUACCGUUCUCAGAUCCAUAAGCUCCUCAAAUCCAAGCAUAUUCGGCUGGGGCUGUGUUGGUUUAGAGGGAACGUUCAAAUAGGAAUUCGAGAUGGGCUGGCUGGCUUGCUUGGAAGACGAGAGCGCGCUCUAGGGAACCAGCAUUUCAAUCACGUGCCCGUGCUACAAAGCUAAGGUUAACGUUGGCUCCCUCAACCCCUGCAAGAAAGUCAACAACGGCCCGCGGAGCUUUCUUCAGACGUUCAACCUCACACUACGUGCUCAUGAUGUCAACAAUUCCCAUUGGUCCCAUACGAAAAGCGUGGCAUAGGUGGAAAUCCUUACAACUGCCCUGGCGCAAAAGAUUUCUCGUUGGCCUUGACCUCCAGGGCAAUACGUUCUGGGAGUUCCGCGACACCCUUUCUUCUCACAAAAACCGCAUGCGUCGGAUUGUGCAAUACCCUGCCUCCACCCAUUAUAGCGAUAUCAAGAUCUCUCCCCAAUGGCAUCAAUGGCUCCGCCACACCCGACAUGAUCCACCUUCUCUUAUUGAACAGUCACAAGAUCUCAUGCGACAGCGGAAUUUGAAGGUUCUGGCCGCAGAGGCUGAUGCGAGAUGGGCUGCCAAGCCUAGUUUUCUAGACGCUCCAGGUCAGGCGCGGGGACAGCCGUUGCCUGCACUGGAAGUCGAGGAUCCUGGUGGCAAUGCAAACGUGGCAGAUUCGAAGAAUACGGUUGGUGCGAGAAGCCCUAUAGGAGGCGGGCCAGAGGACAUGUCUGCAGAGAGACGAGGGAAGGGGGAGCAAAAGGACAAAAUACAGGCUGUCGAUGGCAAAGGACAUCAUAUCCGCGUGAGGCCUGGGCAGGAAAACAAUUCAGAGGUAGAGAGCAAAAAAGAAAAAGAGGAUCCGUGGAAACAAACACGUCGGGGCGAAAAGUGGCAACCAACUGCUUGGGAUGGAAAUAUAGCAGUUCGUCGGUGAUAGUGUUCCCAACCAUCACCCACAACUUGGCAUUUUCUCGGUUUCCAAUUCCAUGUUUUCGGUUUCUGGAGAUCUCGGCCGCCCGAGGGCGCUCCUGUGUCGAGUAUAUUUCGCAAUAUCCUCAUCCUCUCGUCCUACAGAUGCGUAAAGCCUUCUCUGCCAUCUCGUCUGUAGCUCUCUUU